AAGCACAGAAGACCCGCCUCUUUUGAGUCUCUAUUGGCUCAAAGGAGAGACUCUAGGACCAGCCUCCAUUCUCUGAUUGGACAGAACCCUUUGCAAUCAGGAAAGCAACACGGAAAAAGAUUUGAAGAAAAAAAAAAAAAGUUCUUGGAGUGAAGCCUAAUCGGAUCACGACUGUUUCAUGCUGCUGCGUAGUUUGGAGCAGGAAUCAAAUCCCCACAGUGCCUCUGGAGAAGCAGGGAGAGCGCAGAGUGCGUAACUGGAGGAACAAGACGCCGGGGCCAUAGUUGCUCUGUGGAAGGGAUCGGAUAACAACCCGGUUCAGAGGAGGACCAGGUAUGUUUUUCCGUUUCCAAGGACUGCCUUGCUGAUGUCACUACGGAGGGAGGUGGGCACGAGACGAGGACAGGUGCGCAGAGUAAAGUUGCCUCUCCGGAAGGUCUGGAUGCAGAGCUGUCACUGAGCGGAGGACUACACAGCAGCCUAGGGUUGGAAGUCGUGUUUUUGAAGUUUCCCUGUCGUUCUCAAACUCUUUUCUGGGAAGUGUUUUCUGGUUUUGUUUGGAUUUCCUGAAGUCUCAAGUGGAAUAUCCGUGCGUAAAAACUGCAGGGCUCACAGGAUCCGACGUCCUGCUCUGUUACUCUGGGGUUUGACGUCUUGAAGGACUCUGCUGCUGUUUCUGAAGUCCACAUUGCUGUGAACUGGGGUGUGGGAUCGAGACGCCCCAGCAUCAGAAGCAGCACUUUACGCUCCAAUGCGACACUGACGCAGCUGAUCUCGCAUCCCGGUCGCAGACAGGUGAUGCUCGAGUAAUUUAAAGGGAAGGAUUGAUCCCAAACUGAAGGAGUUUAAUCUGAAAUAACACACUCAUCUUCUCUGGAAUGGAAUACAACACAAAAAAUCAUCUUCAACUUCUUUAAUCUGCAAUGAUUCCCCCGUGCGUCAUUGCGUCUUAGGAUCACAAGGCAAGGUUGAAGGAACAGUCGUUUCUUGGACUUCCCAAUUUGAGGUUCCACAAGAUAAACCAACAAUGUCCAAGACCCUGAAGAAGAAGAAGCACUGGUCUGCUAAAGUCCAGGAGUGCACCAUAUCGUGGGGUGGCUCCGGGGAGCUGAUCACGGUGGUGGAGGUAGGAGGCGGCGCGGAGCUGGGAGAGUUCCCUCACAUCGGACUCAUAGUUCCGGAGGCGCUGGUUUGUCAUGCCGGGAGGUUCCCCUGCAGCGGGGACGUGCUGCUGGAGGUGAACGGCACUCCAGUGAGUGGACUCACCAACCGGGACACUCUGGCUGUGGUCCGGCACUUUCGGGAGCCCGUCCGCCUGAAGUCUGUGAAACCAGGUAAGGUGCUGAAUACUGAUUUGCGUCACUACCUCAGCCUGCAGUUUCAGAAGGGUUCCAUCGACCAUAAGCUCCAGCAGGUGAUCAGGGACAACCUCUACCUGCGCACCAUUCCUUGUACCACUCGGCAGCCCAGAGAGGGGGAAGUUCCUGGAGUGGACUACAAUUUCAUCAGCGUGGCAGAGUUUCGUGAGCUGGAUGAGAGUGGACUGCUGCUGGAGAGUGGGACCUAUGACGGAAACUACUAUGGGACCCCGAAACCCCCUGCAGAGCCCAGCCCCGUGCAGCCGGAUUUGGUGGACCAGGUCCUGUUUGAUGAGGAAUUUGACACAGAGGUCCAGCGAAAACGAACAACCUCUGUCAGUAAGAUGGACAGAAAGGACAGCGCUGCACCAGAGGAGGAAGAGGAAGAAGAGAGGCCUCCCAUGGUCAAUGGCCUGACUGAGCACAAAGACAAGUUGGAGUGGAGGAAGACGGUGCCCAGCUACACCCAGUCGGCGGCGGCUAUGGACCUGCGGGCAUGGAACACGCAGGAUGAAAGUCAGGAUCCGUUGCCUAAAAGCUGGGAGAUGGCCUACACAGAAACCGGCAUGGUGUAUUUUAUAGAUCACAACAGCAAAACCACCACCUGGCUGGACCCACGCCUCGCCAAGAAGGCCAAACCUCCUGAAAAGUGCGAAGAGGGAGAGCUGCCCUACGGCUGGGAGAAGAUUGAGGACCCCCAGUUCGGAAUCUACUACGUCGAUCACAUCAACCAGAAAACCCAGUUUGAAAAUCCAGUGCAGGAAGCGAAGAGAAAGAUGAGCGUGGACUUGCCGACUGCAGCACCACCGCCUAUAGCCACACCCCCAGCGGAGGAGCCCAGUAGAGGGGUGCGGGGCUUUACGAGGGAUCCAACUGAGCUGCAGGGCUCCCUCCUGCAGACCACACUCAGAAAAAGCUCACAGGGCUUUGGGUUCACCAUCAUCGGAGGAGACCGACCAGACGAGUUCCUUCAGGUCAAAAAUGUCCUUCCAGAUGGGCCGGCUGCGCACGACAACAAAAUCGCCUCAGGUGAUGUGAUCGUCGACAUCAAUGGGUCCUGCGUGCUGGGUAAGACUCAUGCUGAUGUGGUGCAGAUGUUCCAGUCCAUCCCCAUCAACCAGUACGUGGACAUGGUCCUGUGCCGGGGUUAUCCGCUGCCUGAGGACUCCAGCAGCAGUGAGGAGACCAAAGACACCUCCCCUUCUCCCUCAACCUCAACGCCACAGGAUAUCAACUACACAGUUCUAGACGGAGGAACCCUCUCCAGGCAGAGUACUGCAGCACCGCCUAUGACCAAUGGAGGACGCCACCACCACCAUCAUCACCAACACCACCAUCACAUUCCUCACACACCCAACCAAGAGGGCCCGGACCCCACUCUGCUGCAGCCAGAGCUUGUGAGUGUGCCCCUGGUGAAAGGUCCAGGAGGUUUUGGAUUCGCCAUUGCAGACUGCCCCCUGGGUCAGAAGGUGAAGAUGAUCCUGGAUGCUCAGUGGUGCCGGGGUUUGUUGAAGGGGGACGUCAUUAAGGAGAUAAACAGACAGAAUGUCCAGACGUUGAGCCACUCGCAGGUGGUGGACAUCCUCAAAGACCUUCCUGUGGGCAGCGAGGUCAACGUCCUGGUGCUUAGAGGAGGUCAGACCUCUCCUGUGAAAUCCCUCAAACCAUGCACAGCUCCCAUGUCCCAAGCUUCGUCCCAGCCCAGUCCUCAACAGGCGCCUCACUCCGCACCCCAUCAGUCGCCACAUUCUGUUCCCCAGCCUGUCACGCAGCCUGUCAUGCAGACCCAGCGACAGGAGAUGAUCAGCAGCACAGAGACCCUCAGUCAGCCUGAGGUCCCCCCAAAUCCAAUCUCUUACACUGCCAACACCCUGCGCUCCUCUUCACCCAAACCGGACGCUUCAGAGCUCUACCUCAAAUCCAGGGCCCUGAUGGACAGCAAGCCUCCUAACACCAAGGAGCUGGACGUAUUUAUUAAGAGAAAUCAGGAGUCAGGAUUUGGCUUCAGAGUCCUCGGGGGCGAGGGGCCAGAUCAGCCGGUGUACAUCGGUGCCAUCGUGCCACUGGGUGCAGCAGAAAAGGACGGGCGCCUGCGGGCCGGGGAUGAGCUGCUCUGUAUCGACGGCGUGCCAGUGAAGGGCAAAUCCCACAAACAAGUGCUGGAGCUGAUGACCAACGCUGCCCGCAACGGCCAAGUCAUGCUCACAGUCCGCAGGAAACUGACGCAUGCAGAUGAUGAAGAGGAAGAAGAGGAGGGUGUUCAGCAGCCCUAUCAGGUAGCAUCUGCCCUGGUGAACAGCUCGCCCAAGGUGCCUCGUGGAGAGUUUCAGAACGCUGUCCAGCCCGCUCAGAUGACCCGGUCAGAGCGCUUCGAUGUGACUCUGCAGCGCAGAGACAACGAGGGCUUCGGAUUUGUUAUCCUCACGUCAAAGAACAAGCCCCCACCUGGAGUUAUACCACACAAAAUUGGCCGCAUUAUUGAGGGCAGCCCGACAGACCGUCUAGGUCAAAUGAAGGUGGGGGAUCGUAUCUCUGCUGUCAACGGCCUGUCCAUCAUGGAGAUGUCGCACAACGAUAUUGUCCAGCUUAUCAAGGAUGCCGGCAACACUGUCACCCUCACUGUGGUGCCUGAAGAUGACAGCGCGCCUCCAUCUGGAACAAAUUCAGCCAGGCAUAGCCCUUCAGCACAACACCGAGCGAUGGGCCAACAGCCUCCCAGCUAUCAGGACAGGAAUGGUGACACUGAAAUAAGGAACUCUCUCCUAUUAAAAGAAAUGGGAACACUAAUCACGUCAGGCCCUAAGCAGGGCUGUUUCGUGGUGGAGCUGGAGCGCAGCCAGCGGGGCUUCGGCUUCAGCCUGAGAGGAGGGAAGGAGUACAACAUGGGCCUGUUUAUCCUGCGCCUGGCCGAGGACGGGCCUGCUCUUAAAGACGGCCGGAUACAUGUUGGAGAUCAGAUCGUGGAGAUCAACGGCGAGGCCACGCAGGGCAUCACACACACUCGAGCAAUUGAGCUGAUCCAAGCAGGAGGCAAUAAAGUUCAUCUGCUGCUUCGACCAGGUCAAGGCUUGGUCCCAGAUCACAGUUCAAAGGACAAAGUAACCAUUCCAACCUCAAGCUUUCCCAGACUUUCUGUAACCGACGGGCAGUCAUCUCCAGCCUCCCCAUCCUCUGUCUCCCUCUCUACCUCGGAAAUGUCCCCAUCCUCACCCAAAACAGCCGCCCCUGAAGAGUUCUCUGGAGGUGAUUUCAGGGCGUCGGGGUCCCCUGGGUCUGGGCAGGAGCAUGGCAGGCCGGCCAACAGAUCAAGAGGACAGCAGCUCUCUCAACCCAAUCAUAAGCGUACAGCCAGCCCCAGAAAAUCGGGUGGAGGGGAUUCCAAGUCUGCUAGUCCCAUGAGAGGAGCCACAGAUCACAUAGAGCGCUCCCCAAGCCCCAGGAAAACAGAGCGAGGCCACAGCGGGUCCCUGGAGGAUAUGAGUAAAGAGAGGAAAGCCCAAGGGCAGAGAGACUACCGCUCCUCUAGCCCUAGAAAGACCUCCAAGAGAGAACAAGAUCCUGCUGCGCCUCUGAGGAACCAGGUGGAGCCCCAGAGCCCUCGGCGUCCAGCUGGCCAACAGCCCAGCAGUGCCUCAGGAGAAGGGAAGGACUGGAGGUACAAGGAGGAGGAUGCAGCCUAUUGGCAGGAGAGCGGAGACAUAAUCUUUGGGACCAGUGAACGCCACAAGAAGAGCAAAAAGCUUGAGCAAGAGGCAGCAGCACAAAAAUCCCAAUCCCAGAUGCACAGGGAACGGGCAGCGUCGGAUGCUGACAGCGGCACCUUAAGCCGGAGGAUUAGUGCGAGAGAGAAGGGGGAUUGGGAAUAUCAGGAAAACAAGCAUCUCGGGCUAACUGAGGAAGCAUUUAAAAAGGACCCUAGAGGUUCCAACAGUAGCAUCCAGGAUCCCAGCUUAAACGGGACCACUGGCACCAAGAAAGCUCAAAUCACCCCCGGUCCAUGGAAAGUUCCCAGUUCUGCCAAGAUCCACUCCCAGGUGGACACACCAUACGCAGAUGUCUAAUAUCUUCCCAGGACUGUCUGCAUAUACUGAAUUAAAGCUGAGCCUCUCGUUAUAAACAUUCAGAAUGGAAGGAUUAUUUUUAGCAAGUCUUGGAUGAAGCGGAUCACUGUGUAACCAGCAACAUAGCUUCUCAUCGCUUUCUUUUCACCCAGUUUGCCUAGGUCAGUUCGCAUCAAGGUGCUGAUGUCUGAUCCGACAUGCGUGCUUGUACCUACACGAGUAUUUGAACUGUGUGGAUUGUUGGUUUCUGAGUGUGAUUUUUUGGAUGUGACACUGAAGUGUAUUUUGUGCCAAUCAGGGACUCCGGUUAUAAAGAAGCUGCUCUGUUUUGCACUCACUGUGAGACUGUUUAUGGGUGACAAGAUGAACUGCUCUCCCCGGUCUGGAUGAAGGAUCCGUCUCUUUUUGACACUUUGAAGGUUUAUGACUUAAUAAUACAAUCACUCGGCUUUUCUUCCAGACAUGAUUGAUUCACUGUUCCCGUCACUGAUGGAUGUAGGAAAAAGUGAGUCUGGCGAGUUUCCCUUAAAGUCAGCUGCGUUCAAAGUCAUCUACUGUCUGAUUUUUAGAGACCGACUGGGGUUGCUAACUGUAUGAGUGUACUCAUACGCGAGAAGACUCUGAAACUUUGUUUCCAUUAGCUUAUCAGAGGGUCUGCAGACUACCCUGCAGCUUUAUAUGCAUCAAUCAGCAGACCAGAUACUUGUGGUUAUAGUUCUAAUGUUUGUCACAUGUGUGUUAAUAAUGAAGCAUAAUGUAAUUUAUUGAAAUGAUAUGUAAACAAAACUGUUAGUACACAUAUCCAUUCUGAGUCAUUUCACCUUUGAUGUGGACUUAAUGGUAGAAAUAGAAUGUGCAGAUGAGCAUCACCAUUCAAAACUAAUAUCAGAACCAUAAUCUAUACAUUCUAUUUCUGCAGUUUCAUCAUCUGUAAACAGUCAAACAAGCCUGACUCAUAACGCCGUCUACUCUGUAGCAGCUCUGUACUUUUGGUCCUCCGGCUGUGUGUGUAUACAAGAGGACUGGUAGGCCUGUGUGUUCUAGAUAUGCUGUAGCAUUGACUAUACUUAAUCCAAAAUAUAAUUUAACAAAGUUACUACACAUAUAUUUGCAAAUUAUAUAAAUGGGAUGACAUAAAAGAGCCUGAUUGUAAAGAGAAGAGAGCCCUCUGCCUUCGACUUGUUCAACUUUAAGAGAUAUUUUUAUCAAUAUAAAUGUAGGCACAAAAAGCAUAUCGCUUUUCUUCACUCUAACCUCAAAAUCUAUUUUUGAUCAAAUUUUUUAUUUAGUGUAUUACCCUUAAUGUGAAAAAAAUAGUAUGUACAUUGUUUGCUCAGUUGUUGUUUUUCAUUAUCAACACCAUGGCUGGCACUUUCAUGUUAGAAAUCAAGCCAGGCUCCCUCAGAAGGCAGUUCAUUUUCCACAGAGAGAGAGAGAGGGGCAGUCUUCAGAAAAUGCUGGCCUUUGGUGGGUUUUUGCAAGUGCUGCAUAAUGUGAAAAUGGCUUGACUGCUUUUUUGGGAGUCUUGGGAUCCAAGUCCAAGAUGAAAAUUACAGAUAUUUCUUGUAAUUUAUCAGGAUCACUUGUGCCCUGCUCUGAGGACAAAUAGUUGUUUCAAUGUUGCUACUGUGGAGUAGAGAGACAUCUAGUGGUUCACAGACUGCUUUUCACAAACUAGCCACUGCUUGAACUGCACCCUCGUCUGCCUGUUUAAAGAUGUACAAUAGUAACACAUGCAUCUACUGGUCUGUGAGGCCACUUACUAAUUUAUUGUCCACUUUAUUGUUGAUAUGACAGGCUACUGUAUUAUUAAUAUUCAUGCCAUUACCAUGUAUGAUACUGUGGCCUUGCAUUGCUCCAACAUAUAUAAAAAAAAAAACUUUUAGUUUUGACAUCAUGGUAGAUGUAAAUGUUUAUAAAUUGUACAGCACCUGUAUAAAUAUUUGCCUUCAUGCAGAAAAAAUCCUCUGUAAAUCGUUUCAUUAUUUUUUUAAGGGAAGUGAGAGGAGAUGAUAUAAAAUGGGUGAAAGAAUAACCUGGUCAUGGCAUUCUGUUCAUGCACUGAUAAAUAAAGGUUUACUGAAUAAAUGUGAUUCAGGACAUUCA